GCCAUCAUUUGUUGUUGGUGUUUUUGUGCUUAGCCUCAAUAGUACACUUACCAUAACCAAAAUAGAAGACCAAAGGAAAAAUACUUUAUAUAGUAGUGAUCAUUAGUAUUUUUGUACUUAGCCUCAAUAGUGCAAUUUCCAUCACAAAAAUAGAACACCUAAGGAAAAAUACUAUAUAUACUAGUGAUCAUACUUCAUUUGUUGUUGAGAAAAUUUACCAAGAAAGAAGAAAAUGGUUGUCAAUGAAGAGGUUCCUCUUGUCAAACCAGAUGUUGUUGUGUUGGAGAUUGAUCAUUUGCAAAACAAACUCAUAGAAAAGGUUAAUGAACUUGCUACAUGCCAUGGUGAAAUCAAGGCCAUAAGGGCAAUUGAAGCUAAGAAAGAUAAGGCCAUAGAAGAGCUGAGAAAUGAAGUCAGUAAGAUGGAUGAGAGACUAAGACUUAAAGAGGAUCAUCUUAAAAACAAGAACCUAGAAAUCAAGAAACUGACGGACGAAAAGAAAGAUGCGUUGGCUGCACAAUAUGCUGCAGAAUCAGCACUUAGAAGAUUACACACAGAUCAAAAGGAAGAAGAUUUUUAUCCAUUUGAAAGUGUCAUCACGCCUCUUGAAGACGAGAUUAAGAUGUAUAGAACUGAGAUUACAGCACUGCAGGAAGAUAAGAAAGCUUUGGAACGGCUGACAAAGUCGAAAGAGUUGGCAUUGCUUGAAGCAGAGAGGAUUUUAAGAAGUGCAUUAGAGAGAGCUUUGAUAGUCGAAGAAGUUCAGAAUGAAAACUUUGACUUGAAGAGACAGAUCGAGAUCUGCCAGGAGGAGAACAAAAUCUUGGAGAAAAGCCACCGUCAAAAGAUUGUGGAAGUUGAGAAACUUAGCCAAACAAUUCAUGAACUUGAGGAGCUCAUCUUAUCAAAUGGAGCCACCGCUAAUCUCAUUCGCGAUUAUAAGCGACAGAUUUCUGAGUUGCAAGAGGAGAAGAGGACACUAGAGAGGGAAUUAGCAAGGGUAAAAGUUUCUGCUAACAGAAUUGCAACUGUUGCGGCUAAUGAAUGGAAAGAUGAAAGUGAUAAGGUCAUGCCUGUUAGGCAAUGGUUAGAAGAAAGAAGGAUUAUGCAGGCAGAGAUGCAAAGAUUGAAAGAAAAGCUUGCCAUAUCAGAGAGAACAGCAAAAGCAGAAUCACAAUUGAAGGAUAAACUGAAGCUGAGGCUAAAAACACUUGAAGAAGGUUUAAAGCAAUUCUCGGUCAAUUCCAAUGCAUUUUCAGUAUCUCCAAAAGCUGAUAAAUCGAAUAUCUUAAGUUUCGUAACAAACAAUGGUGGAUUGAGAAACAGGUCUACAUCACAACCAAGAGGAUCUACCGUUGGAAGAACUUUGUUCCAAAAGGCAAACAUAAAAGGCAACAUAGAAAGUAUGGCUGGGAACCGAAAACCGGGUAGCAUAACCAAAAUGAAAUAUGGUUCUACAGAAAAUGUGUUGAAAAAAGGUAUAUGGGCGUCAAAAAACAAAUUUUCUGAUGGUGGUGAAAAAGAAAAUGAGAUACAGGUGAACACAGGCAGUGUUAAAACCAAUGCUGAUGAAGACUCUAAAUUUAAUAGCAGCAAUGAUUUAGAAAGCAAUGAUGUGGUCUCUGGAUUUUUAUAUGAUAAGCUUCAAAAAGAAGUCAUCAAUUUGAAGAAGACUUGUGAAACAAAAGACAGUACUCUGCACACCAAAGAUGAAGAAAUAAAGAUGCUCACAAAGAAAGUUGAUGCAUUGACAAAGGCUAUGGAAGUAGAAUGGAAAAAAAUGAAAAGAGAAAUAGCUGCUAGAGAGAAGGAAGUUGCAUCAAUAAAAUCCGAUGAUAGGAGGAAAAACAGAAGCUCAGACUUCUCUAAAAGGGUGAUGAAAGAACAUUGAAGAUUCUUUAUGAAGAGAAAAUUGGAGGCAAUUUAUGUAUCAAUGCAUCUUAUGAUUUUUCUUUGUAUACACAACAUAAUUCAGUGUGCAGUUUGUUUAAAUAAAGUUCCACUAACUUACAGAGUCUGAGAUCCAACCCUGUACAUACAGAGAAGUAUUGCAUGUUUUUCUCUAUAUUUAUUUUAAUGAUAUCUUCCAUGUUCUGUGA